AUGAUGGAAAGAAUAAGAAAAGAGAUGAUUCUGAUGGAAAGGGGGCUGCACAGCCCCACGGCUGGCAAAAGGCUGGCGAAUCUGACUGAAGCGGCUGGGAAAGCGGUCCUGGAGGCCCUGGAAAACCCGCCCCACGGCGGCCGGCUCAGCCCGAGACUAACUUCCACUUCUCUGCACAGCUCCAUCGGGGACCUCCCCGCCGCCAAAGGCAAAUUCGAGAUCGACACUUUAUUCAGCCUUCAGCACCAGAACAGCGAAAGCGCGGUCGCCGCGGACCUGCCUCCCGCCGAAAGCCGGAAGAAAAUUGGCCAUUACUCAGAAGUGGCUGCGGAGGCAGAGAUGAACAGCGACGUGGAGGUAGGCUGCUCCGCGCUUCGCUCGCCGACCAGCCUGGCCUCCUCCCAGCUGAAGGAAAGCAAUAACAAAGGCUAUUCGGAGAGCAGCUCGACCCCGAGCACCACCAGCUCGUCCUCAGGAUCUACGCUGAGCAGCCUGCACAGCGGGAGCGCCCUGGGCACCUCCAGCUCCGGGGCCGAUCAAGUGAGGAGGUACCGCACCGCGUUCACCCGGGAGCAGAUCGCCCGGCUGGAAAAGGAGUUCUACCGCGAGAACUACGUCUCCCGGCCUAGAAGGUGUGAGCUGGCCGCGGCUCUCAACCUCCCCGAGACCACCAUAAAGGUGUGGUUCCAGAACCGGCGGAUGAAGGACAAGCGGCAGAGACUGGCCAUGUCCUGGCCCCACCCGGCGGACCCAAGCUUCUACACCAACAUGAUGACCAACGGGGCAGCCAGGGGGAGCCUGCCCUACCCCCGCUCGGAGAGCAGCUUCCUGCCUUACUCGGCGGCCGUGCUCAGCAAGACCGCGGUCCCCUCCCCGGACCAGCGGGAGGAAGCUCCCUUGACCAGAUAA